CCUCCGCCGCCGGGAGCCGCCGCGCCUCCGCCGCCGGGAGCCGCCGCGCCUCCGCCGCCGGGAGCCGCCGCGCCUCCGCCGCCGGGAGCCGCCACAGCGACCCAGCAAACUGGUCAAAUUCAGCCUGGCCUCCAGCCACUGGAAAGUCCAGUGGUCAAGCCUGCACGACGAAGAAGACCAAGAAGAACACCUCAGCCUCCAAAGGAACUUCAGCUGGGGGCUGGAUUGCAGGCAUUGUCACUGAAGGGGAAAAGGGGUCUUGGAGCCAUUUUUCAAGACCAGGUGGUGAAUACCCGACAGUACUUGGAACAUGUGAAAGACUCCACAACAGGAACGCAAGGUAGAGUGGUAAAGCUAUUCACCAACCAUUUCCGAGUGACCUCUCGCCCUGAACUCCUCACGUAUAAAUAUAACAUUGAUUACAUGCCAGAGAUUGAAGAUGGAAAAGUUCGUACAGAUUUGCUUUGCCAGCAUAAACAUGUAAUUGGAGAGUGUCACAUAUUUGAUGGGAACUCUUUAUUACUGCCUCAUAAACUACAAAAGCAGAAAACAGAACUGGUCAGCCGAUGGGGCAAAAAGAUUGUGAAGGUCACCAUUGAAUUCUGCAGUGAACUCAAACCCACCUCACUGGACUGCUUACGUUAUUACAACAUUCUCUUUAGAAAGAUUUUGAAGAUGAUGGAUUUGAAGCAAGUUGGUCGCAACUAUUACAACGAGAAUGAGGCCACAGAGUUCCUCAAUCAUAAGCUGGUAAUCUGGCCUGGAUAUAGUACUUCUAUUCUUGAGUAUGAAACCAGCAUUACCCUCUGUGCUGAUGUGAACCAUAAACUGCUCCGAAUGCAAACUGCUUAUGAUCUAAUAAUGCAUGUUGAUAACAAAUCCCAAAGGAAAGAUGCUAAGGAAAUCUCUAAAGAAUUAGUUGGAUCAAUUGUUUUUACAAAGUAUAACAAUAGAACCUAUCGAGUGGAUGCUAUUAAUUGGGAGGAGACUCCCAGAAGUACGUUUAAGAAAUCAGGUGGUGAGGAAAUCACCUUUGUAGACUACUACAAGGAGCAACAUGGUCUAGUGGUUACUGACCUAACUCAGCCACUUUUGGUCAGCAAAGGCAAAUGGAAAAAGAGCCAACAGGACACGCCCCAUGAGCCUAUAAUGCUGGUUCCUGAGCUAUGCUACCUGACAGGUCUAACAGAUGAAAUGCGUAAAGACUACAGAGUGAUGAGAGACUUGGCUAUGCAUACAAGGUUGGAUCCAGAGAAAAGGCAGCAUGAAUUACGAAGAUUCAUGAAUAUUGUACAAAAAAAUAAGAGUGCACAAAGGGAACUCCAACUUUGGGAUUUGAAAUUUGACCCCAACUUCGUGUCCUUCUCAGGAAGAAUUAUGAAAGAAGUAAGAAUUCUUCAAGGAAGCAGAGCGUUCAACUCCCAUCCACAAUUUGCAGAUUGGUCAAAAGAAACUAGAAGUGGACCUUUACUCAAUGUGAAGUCACUAGAUCAUUGGCUAGUGCUAUAUCCUAGGAGAAAUUAUGGAGCAGCCUUGUCCUUGCUACAGAGCCUACGGAAAGUUACACCCACCAUGGGCAUAGCUAUGAGAGAUGCAAAAAUGCUUGAAGUAAAUGAUACAGUCCAAUCCUAUACAACCAUCUUAGAAAACCAUGUGUCAUCCAAAACACAGAUGCUGGAGUCAGGUCACGUGCUCUUGCAGGAUUACCACAGAAGGGACGCCGUCUUGUUUUCAACUCAUCAUGUUUGGGAGCAUGUGGUGUUGACUUGUAAUUUUAAUUUGGAUCAUCUGAUUCAGGAUGAGGUCCUUUGUGUGCUGUCCAGUGACAGGAAAGACCUGUAUGAUGGCAUUAAAAAAUACCUGUGCGUCAAUUGCCCCAUCCCAAGCCAGUGUGUGGUGGCACGGACCUUAGACAAACCCCAGACGCUGAUGACCAUUGCUACAAAGAUUGCCCAGCAGAUGAACUGCAAGAUGGGAGGAGCCCUCUGGAAGGUGGAAACAGGAUUACGGAAUGCAAUGUUCGUCGGUAUUGACUGUUUCCACGAUAUUGUAAAUCGACGGAAGUCCAUUGCAGGCUUCGUGUCCAGUGUCAAUCAGGAAUUAACACAGUGGUUCUCUCAGUGUGUCUUCCAAGAAGCGGGGCAGGAGCUUGUGAGUGGGCUGAAAGCCUGCUUGGAAGCUGCCCUGAAGCUCUGGUAUAAACAUAAUCUAUUUCUGCCACAAUCCAUCAUUGUGUAUCGGGAUGGAGUGGGGGACGGUCAGCUUCAAGCACUGAUUGAACACGAAGUACCACAGAUUCGGUCCUCCUUAAAAUCUGUUUACGGCGACGAGUCUAAGGUCCGACUAACUGUCGUUGUGGUGAAGAAACGAAUAAAUACCAGAUUUUUUGCUGAGUAUCAAGGAAGACUUCAAAACCCACUUCCAGGAACGGUUAUUGAUGUGGAGGUGACCAAGAGGCAAUGGUAUGACUUUUUUAUCGUGAGCCAGUCUGUGAAAGAUGGUACUGUCACUCCCACUCACUAUAAUGUUAUCCAUGACACUGUUCACUUCACCCCAGAUGGAAUACAGUGUCUAACUUACAGACUAUGCCACAUGUAUUAUAAUUUGUCAGGUGUCAUUCGAGUCCCUGCUCCUUGUCACUAUGCCCAUAAACUGGCUUACCUUGUGGGCCAGAGUAUCCACCAAGAACCACACUAUUCCCUGGCAAGCCGUCUCUUUUACCUGUGACCCACAGAAGAGAGCCUGACGACUUGUUGAAAGCCACCAUUUGUGAACUUAUUUUUCCUUUUUAAGCUGUCCUUCUGAGAUACUUUCCUUGAUGCAGUUUUAAAUUAUAAUCAUUAUUGGUUAGACAUGAGGGUUCAGAGUGGCGCAUGCUUUGGGCAAUACUACCACUGACUGAACAUGACCCUUCUAUUUUCCAGGCAGGAAAAUGGGCUGUGAGGGUUUUGUCUUGCAAUCCACCUUUGAAAUGUGUUACAGUGACUUUAUGAUUGACCAUGCCUGAACACUUGGUGUUCUGAGCAAGUUACUGUACUCAGUGUAGUGGCUGGAUGUUAGUCACGUGCACAGGUAGAUUAUACUUGGAAAAUAAUACCUUUUUGAAACAGUUCUUAAAGAACAGCAAAGCUCUAAAAAAAAAAAAAAAAAAAAAAAAAAAAAAAAAGAGGGGCGC